GCUUAAGACCGGACUCGAAUAAGACGGUCUUAUACGAGGCCUUAAGAUGGCGUUUGGUUCCAUAGACGUCAAACAAGACGGUCUUGAGACGCGGCAAAUAAGACGGUCUUCAUCAAGUCGGUCUUAUUCGAAGCGUGCUUACAAGGUUGCAUAGUCCAGUCUUAUUUGAAAUAAGCAUGGUCUUGAGCACGCAACGUUUCAUAGUCAAUUAACGCAGUCUUAUUUACGUAUCUUGAUCAAGUCGAGUUCGGACUGCACUUAAGCAAAUGCUUGUUGCCUAAAUAUUACUCAAUUGUUCUGAUGCGUACGAAAUUGAUAAUGACGAAUUGUUAGGAAAAUAUUAUAUUCGAACAAUAUAAAUUAACAGGAAUAGAUUGUGAAGGAAUGUUUGGGAAAGUGCAGCUGGGACGGGAUUAUUUACUGUAAAAGGGUAGCAACGGAAACUUGCAAUUGAAAUAGAGGUUAUGAGAGCAUUCGCUUUGAAAAAUUUGUGAAGUAAAGUGAAUAGUGAAAUUCUAUUGACAUGGCGAAUAUGCAAGAUAUGUUUAAUUUCUACGAUCAGAUCGAAGAAAUGAAUAAUAUGAUUGAGGUGGUUGCAAUGGUCAACGUUGGGCCGAAUGACGAAGACGAGGGUGAAGUACAGCGAGCUCCGAAGAGAUACAUCAGAGAUGGUCAAAACCCGUUCGAGUUUUAUUCCGAGCAGGAGUUGAAACGGCGAUUCCGAUUUUCAAAGGAUGGUAUUAUGUACGGAAUACUACCUAGAACUGAAGCUGCCUUAGUCAGUGCCAAUAAUCGUGGUCUACCAAUUCCACCUGUCAUGCAAUUAUUAAUAUGUCUACGAUUUUACGCUACCGCUAGCUUUCAACUCGUCAACGGAGAUUUGAUGACUAUAUCGCAGUCUACAGUAUCGAGGAUAAUACACAGAGUAUCGGCUCAAAUUGCAUCAUUGAUUCACGCAAUUAUCAAAAUUCCUAGUACGGAAGCUGCUAUGAUCGCAAACAGAGAUCUAUUCAGACAACUUGGUGCACGCAGGGAGGGUAUCGGUUUACCUGGCGUUGAUGGCGCUAUCGACUGCACUCACAUUCGAUUAUGUCAUACGAAAUUUGCAGACCUGCAGGAGGUUUAUAGGAAUCGUAAGGGAUAUUUUUCCCUCAAUGUACAGGCAGUUGUCGGACCCAAUAUGGAAUUCUUGGAUGUGGUUCCGGAAUGGCCUGGAAGUAACCAUGACAGUCGAAUAUUCCAAAAUGCACGAAUUUACAUGCGGUAUCAUGAGAGACAACUUACUGGAACCCUGGUUGGAGAUGCCGGCUAUCCGUGCUUGCCAUUUCUGCUGACUCCACUGGCAAAUCCAAUUACAGAUGCUCAACAAAGUCGGUAUCUUGAUAGGUAUAACAACGUACAAAGCAGAACAAGGCAAAUUGUUGAAAGAACAUUUGGAGUUUAGAAGCGACGUUUUCCUUGCCUAUCCCGAGGUUUGGGAACCAAAUUGUUGUGCUCUACCACAAUUGUUGUAGCUUGUGCCGUACUACACAAUUUAUCACUAACAUUGGAUAAUGCUCUUCCGGAAGAUAAUCGCAUCGAAGAAGAAGAAGCGGAUGAAUUGCCACCUCAAGCACCGCAUUGGCAGCCUGGAGAGGGUUUUGCAAUACGCGAAGCUCUAAUCGAACGGUUAUUUAUUUAAUCAAAAUAUAUGUAUAUCAAGUUAAUUUAAUUGUAAAGACUAAUUGAUUUUAGAAUGAAUAUACUCCAAAUAUUUAAUAAAAUUGAAUUUAAUUUGUACAAACAGUUAACAUUAGAAUACAUAUUUUACUCAUAACUUAUCAUUGGUUCUCAUUUUAUUUUUAAACCCCUCACUUACUCAUGAAAAUACUGAUAUGUACGUAAUUGUACUAAGCGUCAGUCUUAUAGUUACGAUAAUACUUAUGAAAAUUUGUCUACGUAAAAAUAUUCAAUACAUUAUAAAUACAGCCAGUAAAUACAACUAAAGUUGCUCUUUUGAACUUUGAAGAUCAAAGGUUGUCCCUUUCACGCGCAUUUUUUUGCAAGUCUGCACCGGGAUUCCUUUUAACAUAUCAAUACAAUUUAUUUCUCAAUAACCGGUAUAGAGGUUUACAUAAUGAUAUAGGUUAAAAUAUGUGAGAUUUUUACCUGAUGAACAGCUUGGAGUAGGCUCUGUCGGUGGUCUAUCAAUUGACGCAUUUAACAAGUAUUCGACAUCUUGAAAUUCAAAAAGUGAAUCAUCGUCAUUCUACAGAACGCUACCUGGAAUAUG